AUGUCUCUAGAUUUUGUCUCUCCAAACUGGCUUAUUCUAUAUUUUAAUAUCGUCGCUUUUAUCUCAUUUUUCCUGAAUUUCACCACCAUUCUAUUGAUUAUUUUCAAAAGCUAUAAGUUCAACAAUUUCCGGUUUUUUGUUCUAGUUUUCCAGGUAACAUGUACUAUAACGGACUUGCAUUUAAACUUUAUUAUGCAACCCGCGCCCCUAAUGCCAGUUUGGGCAUGUCGAUUUGAGGGUUUUGGAGUAAAAAUUUUGAACAUUUGGCCCAAUUAUUUAAUGGCCUUCAUGUUUUCCCUAGUUGGAUUUCAAUUUAAUAGCAUCGGUUUCUGCUUCCUGAAAAAACAUCAAAUUAUUAAAAACACUUUACGAAGGAAUUUGAUACCAAAUUGGGGCUAUAUUGCUUUUAUUAUUUCAACAUUGCCUCUCAUUGUUUUGAUAUUUAUCUCGGUUUCACAAAUUGGACUGUCAAAGGAAAAAUCGCUAGAGUUUGCCAAAAUAAACUACCCUGAAUACGCUGUUCAAUUCUCUAAAAUCUCGAACCUCAUGUUCUUCGAUUCAAAUCUCUGGUUGACGGGUGUUCUGUUCAUAUCUGGUUUUGGCGGAUGUUUAUUGGGAGCCAUAGUUACCAUGACAACGCUUGACAUGUUCAAGAUGCUCGGCGAGCUGCGACGAAAAGUCUCGUUUAAAAACUUUGCACGUCAUCGGGCAGUGGUGAGGAGUCUUCUGGCCCAAUGUGCAGCUACUGCGAUCCUUUUGCUUCCAGGAGCCGCGAUUUUUGCGAUUUUUCUGUAUCCCGAUGAAAAGUCACGAGAAAUCAGUCAAAUCAUAGUAUGCAUUUAUGCACUCCGAUCGUCUGCAAGUUCUGUAAUUCUAGUGAUAACUACGCCACCUUACCGGGCAUAUAUCAUAAGAAAAUUCGCAAGUAAACUGGGAGUGAAAGCAUCUCCGGCGAUGGGCUCGACGAGCAUUAUGUGAUGUUGUUAUGCCUUUGAAUAAAUUUGUUCCCAUUUUAAAUGCAAAAUUAAUAGUUAAAAAUUG